AUGACUGAUUUAGGACUCUUACAUCAUUUCUUGGGAAUGGGAGUUCUACAAACUGAUAAAGGGGUAUUUAUUCAUCAAAGCAAAUAUGCAAAGUCUUUACUUGUAAAGUUUGGUCUGGAGGAUUGUAAGUCAGUGACAAUUCCUCUACCCACGGGUGAGAAACUGAAGAAAGUUGAUGGAAGUGAGUUGGCUGAUGAAGGUUUGUUCAGGAAAAUAGUUGGCAGUCUGUUAUAUUUAACUGCAACUAGGCCUGACAUAAUGUAUGCAGCCAGUUUGUUAUCAAGAUUCAUGCAUGGUCCCACGAAGAAGCACAUGGGAAUAGCUAAAAGAGUUCUCAAAUACAUUCAAGGUACUCUCAGCUAUGGCAUUGAAUUUACAAGGGACAAGGAUGCUGUUUUGAUUGGAUUUUGUGACUCAGAUUGGGCUGGCAGUGAAGAUGACAGUAGGAGCACAUUUGGGUAUGCAUUCAGUUUUGGUAGUGGUACAUUUUCAUGGGCCUCAGUCAAGCAAAACACAGUUGCAUUGUCAACUGCAGAAGCAGAGUAUGUCUCAGCAGCUGAGGCAACAACUCAAGCUAUCUGGCUAAGAUUUGUGUUGGAUGAUUUUGGUGAAAUGCAAACUUAA